AUGUCUCCGGGCGGUGCCUUGAUGGGCUGCCGCACUCCAACCCAUCGCCCGCUCCCUUCGGCAGACAAGGAGAAUCAGCAGGCCUUGCGGGAGGCACUCGAGAGCCAGCAGCAGUACUAUCUAUUCCAGCUCCAGCAGCUGGCUCGUGGCAUCGAGCAGUUGCAGCGGCAGUACAGGCACACGCACCGGAUUCUACGAUCAUCGAUUCGCAUUUCACAAUCUCAGAUCAUUGCUAACGAUUCUUUAGCCAUGCCUCAGUCUAGAUUGAGCAUGCCAGAGCUCUCCGACGACUCGGGCUCCGAGCCAGACCUCAGUGUCCUUGCCAUGACCCGGCCAGGCCCCCCGGGAAUGGAACGGCUUCAUUUGCCGCCAUAUGAUAUCUCUCAUGAUCACUUGCAGGAGGAUGACACAAGCCUGGUGGAGGGGGAUGUUGACGACAUGGAGGGUGGGGACCACACAGAAGAGUUGGAAGGGGCUGAGGGGGGAGAAGAAGAAGAUGUAGAGGACGAGGAAGGAGAUGAGGAUGAGGACGAGGAUUACGUUCCUUUGGUUGACCCUGCCACGCUUGGCCUCAAGGAGAUCUCCAACCUGGGCAAGUUCACCGUCAGCAGUCACAAGCAAGGGAACGGGGUCGACGAGCUGCGCAGCGAUGAUCUGGGUCAAUAUUGGCAGUCUGAUGGGCCGCAGCCUCAUAAGCUUACAGUCUACUUCGUGAAGCGGGUGGGGAUCCGCGAUCUUCGCUUCUACGUGAACUACAACGAGGACGAGUCGUAUACUCCUACUAAGAUUAUCUUCAAGUCCGGGACCAGCGAAAACAACCUGAUAGAGUUCGCGCAGAUGACGCUGGAGACCCCGGUGGGCUGGCAGCAGGUUUCACUCAGUGGAGCGGGCGGCGACCCGGAUGGCAAUACCCUUGUGUCGUAUGUGCUCCAGAUGCAGAUUCUCGAGAACCACCAGAACGGCAAGGAUACGCACCUGAGAGGCAUCAAGAUAUACGCCUUUGAUAUGGAUUCGGGGCAGGCGCAGGGGCGGGAGAACAACCCCAUAGCCGACAUGGUGGAGUUCUUGGACGUUGGCGGCCCUGCGGCCGCUUCGGUUGCGCCCUCUGCCGGGCAGGAUGACACAAGUCAACGGCUGAGCGGCCUCGCGAGGAGAUUGGCCGAUACGAGGAUAGAGAGCGGCGAGGCGGGACUCUCCAUUCCUGACUUCAUGCGGGACCCUGAAAUUAGAUAA